GCAUCCGCCCGCCCUGGUCGACGCCGCGUCGAUUACGCGCGAGUAUUUCCCGAAAGUGUUUUUAUAUCCUCAUAUGUUUAUUACCCGCUCCUAAAUAAACUUUUCAUAGACUGCUUAGGCUAUGGACAUUGCUGUGUGAAUGUGGUAUGAAUUUGACUCGCUUCGAUGUGUUUGAACGAAGUUGUGGAAAGUUGGAGCUUCUAAUGCUGGCAUGGUGUCUAUAACUAUCAUCGCAAUAUUUGCGGUGCUCGCGCCGGGGAGGCAUUGUUCAGGCUCGCGAGGCGCGCCGGACCUCCCCCCGCGCCCCCCACCACCGCCCGACGUAAAACGAUGUACGGAACUAUUCAAUGACUCGCAGUUCAAGAACGAUACAAUCGGUUUCAUACAGUUGAAGAAGGAUCAAAGAGUUGGACUGAGAAAUUUACAGAGCAAGAAACUUAGUAAUACUGCGAAAGAGUACAUCUGCAGUGAGUACGAAACUGCCAAAAUAAAAUAUAAGCUUCUGCAAGAGAAGCUACGACCCUCCAGAGAUCUACUUGUGUGGUGCUCGUUAGCGAGGAAAACCAGCGGCUCGGGCGUCAAACGAAAACGUCUCAGGCGGUCCUCAGAUUCUCGUCCGGAGUUGGUGUAUACUUUCAUUGAGCAAGCGGUGCAGCCUGGAGCUCAAGUGGCGUUGAAGUGUUCAGCGGUGGGGGAGCCCCCUCCGCGGUUCCGCUGGACCUUGGACGGCCAAAACAUACCAGCGCACCACGGGGCAAUAAUAACGGAAGGACGGGAAACGGGACCCUCAGGUAUUGGGUCCAGCAGCAAUUACAUACUGUCGACGCUUUCCCUAAACAGCGCAAGGGUAGAGCACGGCGGUAGAUAUGAAUGUCGUGCAACUAACUCCCACGGAUCCGUAGCGCACGCCGCUCGUCUAAAUGUUUAUGGUCCCCCAUACAUUCGCUCAAUGAAUCAAGUAAAAGCAGUCGCCGGCUCUGACGUCACUAUUUGGUGCCCCUAUUACGGAUUUCCAAUCGACUCAGUGAAGUGGGAGGGCGGCGCAGGCACCGACCCUCGCUACCACCAAGGGGAAGGACAUCUUACCAUCACCAACGUGGACCGGACAAGAGAUAAGGGUGGUUGGAUCUGUUCCGUGCUGACUCCAGGAGGAGAACUUGCUAGAAGAGAGGUGCAAAUCAACGUAGUGUCUCCCCCGGUGUUGUCACCCAUCGUGUUCCCACCUGGUCUCCGCUCCGGAGACCGCGCCCAGAUCACCUGCACUGUGACGUCAGGCGACAUGCCUGUGUACUUCUCCUGGCUGAAGGAUCAGCUGCCGAUUUCCAGCGUACUCCAGGUGGACGAGCGCGGCGCGGAGUUCUACAGCAUGCUGCUGUUCAAGAGUCUGACGGCGGCGCACAGCGGCACCUACACGUGCGUCGUCACCAACACCGCGGGGAAGGCCAACAUGUCCGCCGAGCUGGCUAUCAAAGUUCCGCCAUAUUGGCAAAUGGAGCCCUCGGACGCAGCCGUGCUGCUAAAUGGAUCCCUCACCGUGAGCUGCGAAGCCCGCGGUCAUCCACCUCCAACUAUUUAUUGGACCAAGUUUACUGGUAGCACAGAGACGGCGCUAGGAGGGGUAUCCGACCCGGUCGUGUUCAGUAAUGGCUCGUUGAGGCUGGAGUCGGCCCGGGCGGAACACUCCGGCAAGUAUCGCUGCCGAGCCGAGAACGGUGUAGCGCCCGCCCUCUCUAAAACGCUCACGAUACACGUUAAUGAACCGGCGAGAUUUGAAACUCCAUCCGUGAACGUGACUGCCAAACUCGGUGAUACCAUGAGGCUGGUGUGCGUCGCCCGAGGAGACAACCCGUUGUCUAUGUCUUGGAGUCACUCGGGCAGAACUCUGCCUAAUUCUGACUACAGGAUGAGCAUAUCAGAAACGCGUAGCGCCGAGGGUCUACGCAGCGAAUUGGUGAUUGAGCGAGCAGAUAGGCGAGACUCGGGGGUUUAUCGGUGCCAAGCCUCCAACCCUUACGGGAGGUCGGACCAUUUCGUACAUUUAGGGGUGCAAGAACCCCCGGAACCACCAGCCAACUUCCGUGUGGUGGACACCACGUCGCGAUCCAUCCGUCUGCAAUGGCGGAGACCCUACGACGGCAACUCGCCCGUGCUGGGCUACGUAGUGCAGUACCGGAGACACGACUCCGCCAGCCCAGACGCUUGGAGGGGCGCUGAUACCCACAAUGUCUCAGUAUCAGCUCACAGUAACGCAUAUCCAGAGAACGAAGACGCCACUAUAACCGGUCUGGAGCCAGCCACAGCGUACCUAGUACGCGCGCGUACUGUGACAGCACAAUUCGCAUCAGCUCACACGCGAGCUCUCCUGGCGCUGACGCUGCACGAGCCGCCUGCGCGCGCGCCGAUCAGCUUGCAGGCUUCGGCUCCUCGGCCGUCUACUAUUGAAUUGAUCUGGCAGGCUCCUCCUACUUCAGCCUGGAACGGUGAAUUGUUAGGAUACACUGUCUGGUGGUGGCCGUCCGCUGAUGGUUCUCUGUCAGGCGGCGCCAGCGUCGGCAUGGAAUUUGCGACGGUUAGAGGACAUGUCACCAAGUAUACUAUCGAAGGUCUUGAGCAUUAUACAAGGUACUCAGUGAGCGUGCGAGCUUUUAACAGCGCAGGCGCCGGUCCAGCCACAGCUAAUGUUAACACUCUUACACAAGAGAGCGUGCCAUCUGAAGGACCUCGCGCUGUGCGGUGUCGAGCCGUGUCGCCACAGAGUUUGAAAGUGGAAUGGUCCCCCCCACCGGCGCACGCGCAUCACGGAGCGCUACUGGGAUACAAGCUGCUUUACAGGCCGGAACAUACGACAGACUGGCUGGAGUGGGAGGUCCGAGGCGGUGGGGGGUCCAGCGUAGGCGCGGGGGCUGAGGUCAAGCGAGUGGCGGGGGUCGAGACCUUGCUGCUGGCGCUGAGGCCGCACAUGAACUACACCGUGCAGGCGUUGGCGUACACCGCCGCUGGUGAUGGGGUCCCAGCGCACCCCAUACAUUGCACUACGCAACAGGAUGCCCCGGGACCGCCUGCUGCAGUCAAAGUCAUAGCAACAUCAGUAACCUCGCUAGCUGUCAGUUGGUUACCACCAACUCGAUCCAAUGGACCAAUUUUAUACUACACGGUUUUCUACCGAGAACUCGGCAGGGAUCGGCCACCACAGACAACAACGGUCCAAGCAGAAGAAGGGGAGACAUUGAUCGGUCUCGGAGGAUUCACAGAGCUACGGUCUUUGUCUGAAAGCGCCACGUAUGAAGCGUGGGUGGCAGCACACUCCGCUGCCGGGGAGGGAGAACCCUCCGCGCCACAACCAGCUACGACUACCUCUAGAGCGGCAGUCAGACUACUGUCAUUCGGCGUAUGGGCCCGCGUACAGUGCGGGCGUUCCUUGCGUCUUGCCUGCGCGUGUCGCGGCGAGCCUGCUCCUAGAACACGAUGGCAUCAUGGGGAUAGACCCAUCACCCAUGACCCGCGGACCUACGUCACUCUACAUGGACAUCUAAUUAUACAUGAAGUGGACCCAUCCACAACUGGCAACUACACUUGCUCCGGUCGCAACUCGUUUGGUUCAGAAGAUGUCACUUACCGGAUAGAGUGCGCUGCGCCGCCGGCCGCACCCACUCUGGCAUUGGACCGGGCUGCACACACUGACGCUAAGCUGUCAUGGAGGACCACACAUCAUCCAUCAGCACCGCCUCAUGGCUUCACAAUCUUCUGGGUUCGAGUAAGAGACGAUAGUGUCGAUGGAGUUGAACCAAGCAGUUCAAGAGAAGAAGAAAGAAAAAUAGAGGCGGGAGGAGAAGCGUCCAGUGUGGUACUGAGAGCUCUGUCCUGUGGCGCCAGCUACUCUGUGAAGGCUGUGGCCCAUUCGAGAGCUGGCUCUUCACCACCUUCUAUACCAUUGAUGGUCCGAACGAAACCUCCAGUCCUAGUUUGGGAAGGCGGAGGAAAUAUAGACAACAAUCAGGAGGAAGGCGCAGAGGCGGCUAUCUGGAGUAACAGCACCGCACUAGCGUUAGACGCGCGGCGAGCCGUGCGGUGCGGCGCGCGGCUCGUGCGGUUGCAGUGGAGGAGGGCCGAUGCCACUGCCGCCUGGAGGGAUGCCGACCUGACAUCCCUGCAUCACCAUAGAGAAGUAGUGGUCGGUGGUCUAUCGGUGGGCACGUGGUACGCGCUCAAGUUGUGGACAGCGACAGAGAGUGGGCGGCAGCAAGCUAUCAUAUACGCAGCUACCACCACACAUUCUGGGGAACGCCUCCGUCGGCCAGUGGCUUUCCACUCUGAAGGAGCUCCGACCAGCACAGUGAACGGCGCUGACAACUCCGACCGUGUGUUGGGCGCGGUGUCACUGGCCUUCGCUGCCUUGGCCACGAUAGCUGUGACUGCCUUGUUGCUCGUACUCAUGGCUAAACGAAGCACCCUCCUGUCUUGCGGAGGGCAGACUGAGGAAGAGGCUCGCCGCUGCAGCCACUCAGUGACCAGCACCGACAAGUCCGUGUGCCCCGAGCAGCAGAACAUACGGAACUGCCAACACGACUAUAAGCACGACAAACUGUCGCCUGCUUCCGGUGAGAAUUUAUAUGUAUACGAAAUAAGUCCGUACGCGACGUUCGCGGUGGGCGGCGAGACGGCGGCGACAUUGGACCACACGCUGCAGUUCCGUACCUUCGGCCAUCGCGAUAACGACGCGCCGCCGCACCGGCCCUGCAGGAAGCACCCGCAACGACAUCGCGACCGCGCUGACGUGGAGAAGCAUCACUCAGAAUGCGAGCUCCAGCAUCUCAGCCGCUACGAGAAGGUGCGGCCGCGACACUGCGCCGGCACCUCCUACUGCGUACCUCUCACACAUCACGGUGGAGGCGGAGGCAGCGGGGGCGGCGGCAGCGGUGGAGGGUUUUCCGAAGUGUACGCGGGAGAUUCCAGCGUUGAAUCCGGCCCUGGAUCUCUCUCCCCGCGCACCCACCAUGAGCACAGCUAGCGCCAAGGCAAACCCGCGGCUAGAUAAUUAACACCAUAGACAUAGACCAAGGAUAUUCUGAAAAAAUGCAAUAAACUUAAUACCUUAAGAUACACAGGACAUUUCUAGCAAUUGUUGCUCGGCAACACAUAUGAUCUGAAGCGACUCUAUUAUUGAAUCCGGAUCUGGGACACCGUCCCCUAAUAAUUUUUUUAUUUUCAUUUUUUUUUGUCACAGUUUAUUGAAAUUGCUACUGAUUGCUCCACUUAUUGCUUCGGACUGGUUCAUACGUGUUACUCAGCAAUAAUAAUUGCUCGAAAAAUUGCCUGUGUGCACCUUUAGAAUGCCAACUGAUUAGAACGAAGUAUUGAGUGUUUGUACACAGACUUGCGACGAAUAUGAUAAUAAUUAGUGCCAAAAUUACCGAUGAAUAAAACGUCUUCGAUUUCUUUAUUUUAUUUCUGAAAUUAAGAAAUAUUUUUGUUGCUUUAUAAAAAUAUCAACGUUACAUAAUUUAAACGUUUUACUAAUUCAGUCUCAAUGAAAAAAAAAUUAGGUUACAUACCUAAUUUUUUUUUCAUUGUUACCAGGUACCUGUUUUUUUAAUAUAAAAUUUUAGUUCUGAAAAAUUAAAAUCUUUAAACGGAAAACGGCGGAUUUGGAAUAGCAUAUCUAGAAUUUAUAUAGAUCUAGAUGUUUGUAACGUCAUCUGACAGAAGAUUAAAAUCUUCCUAAAUGCGAAAAUCAUAACAAAGUACAUGACAACAUAAAAAGGGUUAUCGCUAUAACUUAAUGGAAAUAUGGUACAUAUUUCAUUAAAAAUAGUAGGUACAAAGCUUGUUUAUUUUAUAUCUUCGGGAAAAAGCAACAUACUAAUAAUGUGAAAUUUGCAAAAAUAAUAAAAAUCCACCAAUACUGUACUUUCCGGUGAGGAAAUUCCAGCAUUUUGGGACUCGAAAGUCCGUCGAAUCGUCGAACCAUAUUUCACGCCUAUUGCCACUUUAGCUUUGCGACUCGUCGAACUAUGUUGGUAAAUUUGUUUUUUCUGUGGUCUCAAUUCUAAUUUAAUCACGCAGAGAUACUUCUUUGUCCUCUGAGUAACUGUAAGUUUUCUUAUGAGGUCCAUAGUUAUCGUCCAAAUCUCAUAAUAAAAUCUAAAUAAACAGGUCAUAGUUCGGAUCUCAAAGAUAUCACGAAAUCUAACUUCAUAGGCAUAUUUCUGACUGAAACAUUUAACCGUUAAGGUUCCUGAGAUAAUUAAGCUAAUAUACAUAAACCAGAUAGACAGAAUUCUAAGGGGAAAACUUAAAUAUCCGGUAAUUCUUAGUAUAAAUUCAGUGGAAAAUACAUAUUACGCUUUAGUUGACUGCCAUUUUGAACAUAAUAAUAGUGAACUAUAAGGAUUUUUUUUGUAUACAAUAUACCUAAUAAUAAUAUCACAUAAUCCGUACCUAUCUAUAGUCUAAAGUAAUAGAACAAUGUUGCCAUUUGUAAUCUUAAAAACUUUUUUGAAUUGUCUUACUUCGUGUAGAGAAUAAGCCUAUGUUUACACUUAUAAUAGAAACGAUACUUAAAGUUAUCUUGCAAUGAAAUGGAUGGAAAAUUCAUAUACAAGUAGGUAGAUACAUUUUGGUGCAUUUUUUCCGGUUGUACCAAAAUGUGAAGAAAACAUUUUAAAUUGACGAAAAUUUUCAGUUUUUUUAAUGAUUUCAAUUUUCAAUGUAUAACAUAAAAUUGUGUACAUCAUCGUUUUGUAAAAGCAGACUGAGUCUGAAAAUUAUUAUUGCUAAAGGUAGUGUUUUCAACCGACUUCCAAAAAGGAGGAGGUUCUACGUUCGGCUGUAUGUAUGUUUUUUUUUAAUAAUAUUGCUGUAUUUCGUGAAAACAAAAGAAAAAUACAAUCAACAUUUACCUAGAUGUUGUAGUUUGUAACUUGGACUUUUGGAAGUCUGUUUGGCAUUGGUUGUAUUUGAGUACAGACAAGCGUUUACAGCAGGCAGAAGUCUGACAGCGCGAUGGUGUGUACCUACUGAAGGGUAUUUAAAGGUAGGCGUCCACAUUUUCGUAUCGUAGGUAGGUAUCGGACGCAUCGCAUCAAACGGAUGUUUUGACACCACUCUCAUUUGGAUUUUCGUAGUGACACAUAGCGUAGUGUUCGAUGAAUGACGUCAACGGCACGCAUCGCAAAAGCUGCCCCUCAGAACGUCAGCAUCAGCAUUUCUGACGGGUAGAUUCAUGCGAUCAGUAAGAUGCGGAUAGGUUGUAUUGCCUUUUAUACAAAGAAUCCGUUUGAUGCGAUGCGCCCGAUACAUACGAUGCGAUAAUGUGGACGCCUACCUUAUAACGAACCUUUAUUUUCUAAACAACGCGCUUGUACUGUCAUCGUACCGUAUAUCUAAUGUUAACGGACUUCCCAGAAUAAAUUUACUUCUACAUUAUUACAAUAUGACAUCGAAAGAUAUUGUAAAUCGGACCUAAAUCAGUUAGUGUAAACCUAGUCAUUGUUCUAGUUUUUAAAAAUUAUGAAUAUAUUGAAACUGUAAAUACUUAUAGACUGAAGUUAUAAUUUUUAAAUGGAGCUUAAAUUUGUAAAUACAUUUGUAGAUAACAUUACACGAUUAAAUCUCUAGUCAAUUUUUAUUGAAUGUUUUACGACAAUAUAAUUGUAUGGUGUAAAUAUUGAAUCUAU